AUCCAAUGUUUUAUUCGUAUUUUGCUAUUUCCACGUUGAGCUAUAAAAUUAGGAUCAUAAAUCUUGUAUUGUAUGAAGCACUCACAAGAUUGCUAACUCCACACAGUUUUUAUCGUAACAACAAUAGAUAUAAUGCAAUACAUUAAUGUUAUCAGUGAUAUCCGAGGGAUUAGAAGGCUGUGCCGAAGGUUUUACAGUCCUGAAGUAAAGGAUCACUUCUAUAAACCACGCAAUGUUGGCAGUUUUGACAAGAAUGACCCAAAUGUUGGAACCGCUGUUGUUGGAAAAGCUGCGUGUGGAGAUGUUAUCAAAUUCCAAGUACGAGUUGAAGACGGAGUGAUAAAGGACGCAUGCUUCAAAACUUUCGGUUGCGGUUCUGCUAUUGCCAGUAGCUCGUAUGUAACUGAAUUGAUCAAAGGUAAGACCUGUGCAGAAGCUGAGUCUAUUAAGAACACGGAUAUAUCAGAAGUGUUAAAGUUACCGCCAGUGAAGGUACACUGCAGUUUGUUAGCGGAAGAUGCCGUUAAGAUGGCUCUGAAGGAUUACAAUUCAAAACAGAACAAACAUAGCGAUGAUAAUGACUGUUCACAGGCCACCGACGUUGGCGGCAAAUGAUUGUUUCAUCAACUCAACAAUCUAGAUUCAAUGGAAUGUCAAUUCAUGAAACGUUCUAGUAUCAAUAGACACAAUCAAU